UGGUUAACCCGGCGUUGAUUGCAUCUUGUAAUUUUACAAAUUCCACAGAAUUUUGUACGAUUGAUUUUAUAUCAGUUUAUUGAAUUUCUAUUUUAAAAACGUUACUUUUUUUCUCCCGAUUUCUUAUGAUAUUUUUGGCAAUGUGAGUUGAGUGUAAUUUCAUCGUGUUUGCAAAACAAGGCGAUAGAAAGAUGAUGGAUAGCAACUGUUCCCGUUUCACCCCAGCGGAGGGCGGGGCGAGACUUGCAGCGGCUGCGAGUGAGCGCAACAUACUGGCCGUGGAGUACCCCGCGUUCAUAUCAACACGUUUGGUGUACGAACACGCUUAUAAGAUCAGGGGUUCUCUCUUCGACGGCAGCCAACGCUCAGUGCACAUCGCCAGGGCGUCACGUGUGGAAGCCGUAGCGUACGAUUACCGUGCGCUGACGGAUCUCGCGAUAGCUCACGCUACGGACUAUGGGGACGUUUACGAUUGGUUCGCGGAGUUGGAUAAAAAGGAGGUGGUCGUGUGCACUUCAGCGGUUCUGAAGCGGAUCCUGGAGGAAGGUGUGAUCGAGAUCGCCAAUAUGAACGUGCUCAUCAUCGAGAGCUGCCAUCUUAUCUACAAAGAUGACAAUUUGAAAUAUAUUCUGAAGCUUUACAAAGAAAGCGAGGAAGAUAAACGCCCUAGAAUCUUAGCGUUAACAUAUCCACUAUUUUUAUCUACAAAAAAAGAUGGCCACAUUGAAACCACAGACAACCAAUCUCUAACUGUCAAAGACAAUGAGCAUAAAGAUGAUGCGGAAGCGAAAGGUAAUGAAAAUGUCGCAGAAAAUAUUGAUUUCGUAAAAGGUGAUAAGAAAGUAAACACAGGGAAUAAUGAUUUGAUAGAUAAUGAUGAAAAACUAGAAUCUACUGAUGAUAAACUUGAAGCACUCGAUGACAAUGAAACUAAAAUCACUGACAACCAUGAUACGAAAGAAGGUAAUGCUGUUUCUGAAUUAAAUGAUAUGCCAACAAAAGCUACGAAUAAAGAUCUACAAUAUACAAGUGAAGAAGAUUACAGUUUGUAUGAGAAUUAUGAUGAUUUUGAUAUGUAUGAGAAGCUCGAAUGGAAAAUUGAAGAGUUGGAGAAAGAAAUUUGCUGUCAGAUGGAUUUGGCUGAAGAUAUUGACGGUGGGAAGAGACUGUCAGGAACCCUUGCUAAGCCCAAGGAGUUGAUAAUUGAAUACAACACCCGCCCCCCCAACGAAGAUCUGCCCGAAGCCUACGUGGAACUGGAGACUUUCAUGAAGGACACGGUUCGACAUGUCAUGGAGUUCCUAGGGGAUCAUAGGUUCGAUCUGAUAGAGAUAUACGGUGAAGACUUUAUCGACGAGUUGAAGAACGUUCCCGACCCCACUGUGGCGCCGAAGAACUUCCUGAACCAGUUCCUUUAUGUUUUGGACCAGUUGGGGCCGUACGCCGCUGACAAACUAGCCUUCACACUUCUCGUGAAAUUGGAAAAGUUAAGAGUGCGCGAGAAAUAUGACCGCCAUUUUCUUCUACUCUGCCUGCUGACGACCGUAUUCAUCAAAAUCCGUUGUUACACCGACUCUGUUUUAGAAAAAUACUCAGAUUGGGACAAAAUAAAGCUUUUCAGUGCACCGAAACUGAUGAGGUUCGUCGAAAUACUAGAGAAAUUCCAACCGAACGAAGCGAAAAGCGAACAUUCCAUUAAAAAUACUACAAAAGAUGGCGUCGCCAAAUUGUUGAACGACAUAGACAAUUGCGACUUUGUAUCGCUGGGCAACAAGAUUGAAGAUCGCGUGAACACCUACGAGGCUAACUUGAAGGAUAUUGACGAUAAAGUUGACAAUAGUGAUGUUAAUAGUGAAGCUAAAGUUAUAACGGACAAAAAUGAUGUAAACAGUGCAGCUAAAGUUAUAACAGACAAAAAUGAUGUAAAUGGUUCAGCUAAAGUUAUAACGGACAAAAAUGAUGUAAACUAUGAAGAUAAAGUUAUAACGGACAAAAAUGAUGUAAACGAUGAAGAUAAAGUUAUAACGGACAAAAACGAUGAAAACAGUGAAGAUAAAGUUAUAACGGACAAAAAUGAUGUAAACAGUGCAGCUAAAGUUAUAACGGACAAUAAUGAUGUAAACGGUAAAAAUAAAGUUAAAACGGACAAAAAUGAUGUAAACAGUGAAGCUAAAGUUAUAACGGACAAUAAUGAUGUAAACGGUAAAGAUAAAGUUAUAACGGACAAUAAUGAUGUAAACAAUGAAAAUAAAGUUAAAACGGACAAUAAUGAUGUAAACGGUAAAGAUAAAGUUACAACGGACAAAAAUGAUGUAAACGGUUCAGCUAAAGUUAUAAAGGACACAGUUAGUGAUACUAAUGAAGUGAGUGACGCAAAAGUGAGUGAGCCCGGUGCGGGGAGAGCGGUUGGCGACAAGACUAGCGUGUGCGCGGGGCGGCGGGGCGGCGCGCGGGGCCGUGCGCGGGCGCCGGCGCGCGCGCCGCCCGCCGCGGACGCGCUGUGCGGGCUGGUGUUCCACCGGCACCCGCUCGUGGCCCGGACUAUGUUCCAUGUGGUGUCGGACAUGUGCCGUUGCAACCCCAAACUCUCUUACAUCUGUGCUCAAUACUGCGCCGUUGAAGACACUAUGGAGAGUGACUCCAAACAGCAGGGUAAAAGACAUGAAACUGUUCUAAAGAAAUUCAGAAUGCACGAAUGCAACCUGCUUUUCGCCACGUCAGCACUCGAGGAGGGCAUUGACCUCCCGCGGUGUAACCUGGUGCUGCGUUGGGAUGUACCUGCUUCCUACCGUUCAUACGGGCUGUGCCGCGGCCGCGCACGCGCAGCCCGCGCCGCGUCCGCGCUGCUGUGCUGCAGCGGGGAGCUCGCGCGCACGCUGCUGCGCAACGUGGCCACUUACAGGGAGCUGGAUCAGAUUAUAAGCCGAAAGUGCGGCUGCGGUGUGCAAGAUGAACCACCACCUUCUGAAGAAGAAGACGCAGAUAAACUGACCUGCGUCAUCAAACCUUAUUCUCCACACGACUGUGAUAAUAAACCUAGGAAUAAUGCUAGUUUUGAUAAAAAAGUUAAUAUUGAUGAUGGAAAUGAUAAACUUAAUGAUAAAGUUGAGACUGAUAUUAAUAAUAUUGAUAAAAUUGAAAUGAUUGAAAAUGCAAGACAUCUAACCACUGGUAAUAUGACUGAUUAUAGUAAAAUUGAUGAUGUUGAUAAAAUGGAAAUGAUUGAAGGUGUAAGGCAACUGAUUAUUGAUGAUACAGCUAGUGAAGAAAACAAUGCCAAUGAUUCUGUUAAAAUGAAUGAUAAAGUAAACGUGACUGCGAUAACCCCAGAUGAUAUUGAUAAAAAUGAAAAUGCUAACAUUGAAAAUCAUGAUAUAAUAGCUGAUAACAAUAAGAAUAUUGAAAUAAUAGAAAAUACAGAAGCGAAAAAGGAAGCUUUUAGCGAGAAAUCAAUAAAUAAUUGUACUUAUGUAAAUAGAUCAAAUUUUGAUAACAAUUUUCAAAUGUUACACAAUAUUUUAAACAAUGAAUCUAUAAAUACAGUUACAGCCGUGUCUCAAAUAAAAAUAACAAGUGAAAAUUAUAUUAAUUCAAAUAAACCAAAUGAUGAUUUAGACAUUGCAGAUAUUAAUAAUAUAGUAAUUGUAAAUAAAACGAAUAGUGCUAGUAGAAAUAUGGAUAUUGGUAACAAUAUUAGUGGAAAUGCAUUUAGUGAAACGAAAAGUGUUAAGUGUAAUAGUGAAGUGAAAAUUGUGGACAAUGAUAUUCCAUUUGUCGAUCUUAGUACUGCUAUACCACUUAUAAAUAGAUACUGUGCCAAACUGCCCUCCGAUACGUUCACCCGCCUGGCGCCUCAGUGGUGGACGGAGCAGGUUCGAAUCCCGGACAGCGCCGGGGAACUACACACGGCUUACAUAUGUACACUACGGCUGCCGCUUAACUGUCCUGUUAAAUAUAAUAUAGUGGGUCACCCAAUGAAAACCAGAGUGCUCGCCCGCCGCAUGGUGGCGCUGCAAGCUUGCAGGAUACUACACAAAUCUGGCGAAUUAGACGAACAGCUGAUGCCUAUUGGCAAAGAGAACUUCAAAGCGGCGGAAUUGGAAAACUCAAAUUUCACGAGCGACAGUGGCGACACCGGUGACGCGGCGAGACCGGGAACUACGAAGCGAAGGCAGUAUUAUUAUAAGCGGACAGCAUGGGCGUUCACAGAUUGCCAGCCGAUAAUAGACGCUACCGACGAGGAAAUAGAGGCGAAUCCUACAAAACCACCUGAGAGCGAAGAAGAUAUGUGUAAGAAGCAAGGUGUAAAACGUAAUCUACUAUACGCACUAGAAUCCCGCCUCUCGUGCGCUCUGCCAGAGAGAUACAACACUAGAGGCAGGAGACUUCACGCGCCUCAACACGCGGCGCACGCUAUAGCUCUCCUCAUGGCGAGGGACAAUUGUGACGAUUUACAGAUACCCGCGUUUCCCGUAUACACGAGGUCGGGUGAAUUACUAGUCUCCGUUCGUCAUGUGCCACACGCGGAUACGAGAUUGUCCCCCGCUAGAUGUCGCCUUGUUAGAAGAUUCAUGCGUUUCGUUUUCGCGGAAGUAUUACGCGUGCACAGGCGCGGGAUGAAACUACAGAGUGACGGGUCUACGCACAACAAUUAUUAUGUUGUGCCCACCAUUAAAACAACCAAUGAAGAUGGUACGACUAAAAUUGACAUCGAUUGGUCGUUUCUGGAGCUGAUAUACCAACACACGGAGGCUAAGAAACACGCGGAGAUUGAGAAGCCUGUAUUAUUCCCCGACGGAGAAAGCAAAGACGGGAAAAAGGAAGGAGUUAAGAAAAUGGAGAACCCUCUCCUCAAACCGGGCGAAGUGUUCGUGUUUGACCCUGAGAAGUAUAAAGAAGCCGUGGUCACGCCGUGGUACAGGAACCAGGACCAACCGCAGUUCUUCCUAGUCGCCGAGAUAUGCUGGAACCUGACCCCAGACUCGGCAUUCCCAUCCGCGAGCCACAGCAGCUUCAGAAAAUACUACAGCAGCAAAUAUGGCGUCACUCUGACGCAGGCGUCUCAGCCUUUGCUGGACGUGGACCAUACCAGCGCUAGACUGAACCUACUCACACCCAGAUACGUGAACCGCAAAGGCGUAGCCCUACCCGUAUCAUCGGAGAGGACCCGACGUGCGAAACGAGACAGACUGGACCAGAAACAGAUAUUGUUACCGGAACUGUGCACUGUACAUCCGUUCGCCGCGCCCCUGUGGUUUGCCACCGUGGCGCUACCUUGUGUGCUAUACAGAAUUAAUGCACUGCUCAUAGCUGAUGAAAUACGACGGGCGGUGGCAAUAGAGGUGGGCCUGGGGAUACCGAAGAUUGACAAGACCACGCGCCCAGGGUUUUCCUGGCCGCCGCUGGACUUCGGAUGGAGUUUGGCUGAGGUACUGAAUGCGGAUGAAAAAGAUGACAGGAAGAAGUGUGGCGAUAACGCGAGCGAAGAAAAGGAUGUUAAAGAAGUCGCGGACAGUGAAAACAAACUCAAAGAGGCUACCGAUCAAAAAAACGAAUCUGAAACAUCUCCUGAGGAAGGGAAAGAGAAGACCAUCAAUGAUAUAUUGCAAGAGAAAGAGAAUGCUGAGAGUAGUUUUGAAAUUGGCACGUGGAGUAACGAGAUGGCGUACAAUAUACCAGCGGAGACGGAAUACGAUGAGUUGAUGGAGCCUCUGCCUUCAAACGUCACCCUUGUCACUUCCGAGUCAGGUGGCGUAAAUUGGUCAGAGAAGCCGAGACAGUAUAAUCCGCCGAAGGCAUUCUCAGUGGCGGACAGCGAUUGUUCUUAUAUGUCUAGCGAUUUCGAUACGGACACAGACUCUGAUGAGAGUUACGAUGGCGACUCCGGCUUUGGCACGGGAAAGAUUAAUAUGACGCCAUCUAGUUUCCGCAUUGAGUACAAAACGGCCCACGAGGCCGAGGCCUUCGACUUGGAACGCAAGAAGGUGAACCCCGCACCCACGGGGGAUCCCCUGGAUGACGCGCUGGAUAGGAGGGAACACGAACUGUGCGUUAGACAGGGGACUGCCCCGGAACAGCACAUUGAACAGUUCCGUAAAUCCGUAGAACAACACAAAAACGACAUCAUACGAAACGGAAGUCUCAUAGACAAGGACAGGCCGAUACUGGACAUACUGCCGGAGCCGGCCAGAGACAAACUCGCCGCCAACUCGACCGAAACUCGAGUCGAAAACGAACUUGUCAAACAAAUGUUCCCGUACAAGGACGAUAAAUUGGAAGUGCUUGAGAACGGUCAGAUUACAUUGAAAAGCAUUGAGCAAAAUAAGAGAAUGCUACUGGCCGAAUUGAAAAAGAGUUUGACAGUUGACGAGAUAAAAAAAAUGAAGUGUUUCUCUAUGGUCGACGUGGAUAUAGACGCGAAGGGUUAUGUCAACGAGAAAUUGGUCAAUGUGGGUUUUGAUACCAGAGAUAUUUAUGAGAGGAAAAUUAGUAAUUGGGACAGUGUGAGGGAAUUUAAACCUUAUUAUGAAGAGGGUAAAGUCCAGAAUGGGAAGAGCUUUGAUUUCGAUUAUCAACCCAAUUUGGAGGGACAUCCGGGGCCCAGUCCCAGUGUUAUAUUACAGGCGCUGACCAUGUCGAACGCCAACGAUGGUAUAAAUCUGGAGCGUUUGGAGACGAUAGGUGACAGUUUCCUCAAGUUCGCCAUAACCGCGUAUUUGUACUGCGCCCACCCUACCGUGCACGAGGGGAAAUUGAGUCACAUGAGGAGUAAGCAGGUGUCGAAUCUGAACCUGUACCGGCUCGGUCGCAACAAACGUCUCGGCGCUCGUAUGAUCGCGUCCAAGUUCGAACCGCACGACAACUGGUUGCCGCCGUGCCAUAAACCGCCACCUACACUACAUCCCAAGACUACAGAGGACUCCGAAAAUACUCCAUCCACCGCUGAAAUACCACAAGACACCGCCGGCUGCUUCAUACCGUACAACCUGAUCACUCAACAUAGUAUUCCAGACAAAUCAAUAGCCGACUGCGUGGAAGCUCUAAUUGGAGCAUAUCUUCUCGAAUGUGGACCACGAGGCGCUUUGCUCUUCAUGUCUUGGCUCGGUAUACGAGUGUUGCCAUCGCACGAGCUUCCGUUACCACCUGACCACCCUUAUGUGGUCAGAAAAAUGAACGACACACUGAAAUCCCCAUCACGCCAAAAGCAGCGUUCCCCCCACCACUCCGGCCGCGACGCCACGGAUUCGGACACGGCGAGCGAACAGACAGACGCACACGAGCAGCAACAGGACGGCCUGCAGGAGGACUGGUCGUGGGCGGGCCGGCCUGUGGGGUCGCUGCGGCCGUACCGAGACGAGAGCGGCGGGUGGAUGCAGUCAAUAUUUGGUGAGCUGAAACCACCCCCCUCACCGCUGCUGAGGUAUAUAGAGGAUCCCGAGGGAGAAUUGGAGCAAAUGUUAUCAGGCUACGACGCUUUAGAAAGAACGCUGCAAUACCGCUUCAAGGAUCGUUCUUUAUUGCUGCAAGCGCUUACGCACGCGUCCCAUCACAACAACAGGCUCACAGACUGCUACCAGAGACUGGAGUUCCUGGGAGACGCCAUAUUAGAUUAUCUCAUAACGCGUCAUCUGUACGAGGAGCCGCGUCGCCACUCUCCCGGCGCGUUGACAGAUCUCCGUUCGGCGCUUGUCAAUAAUACAAUUUUCGCCACAUUGGCCGCCAGGCAUGGGUUUCAUAAAUAUUUCCGUCACAUGUCGCCCGGAUUGAACGAGGUUUUAACGAAAUAUGUGAAAAUACAAGAGGAGAAUGGACAUUCUAUUAGUGAAGAGCACUAUCUUAUCCAAGAGGACGAGAUGGAGCAGGCGGAAGACGUAGAAGUGCCCAAGGCAUUGGGCGACUUGUUCGAGUCAGUAGCCGGCGCGAUAUUUUUGGAUUCAGGAAUGUCCCUCGGCGCCGUGUGGAAAUCCUACGUGAAUCUGAUGGGCGCUGAAUUGGAGGCGUUCAGCGCGGCCGCGCCCAAGUCGCCGGUGAGGGAGCUGCUGGAGGCCGAACCUGACACCGCUAAGUUCGGCAAACCGGAACGCCUGGCCGACGGCCGCCGCGUUCGCGUUUCGGUCGAGGUGUUCGGACGCGGCACGUUCAAAGGGAUCGGCAGGAAUUACCGCAUCGCCAAAGGUACAGCCGCCAGAUGCGCCCUCAGACAUCUCAGGCUAUUGCAUAAGGGACAUUAGGUUUACUGUACCUACAUUAAAUGUUAUUAAUAUAAUUGGUGCCGUGUGGUACCAAUACAAAAAAGAAUAGAACCACUCCAUUUCUUUACCAUGGAUGUCGUGAAAGGCGACUUAGGGAUAGGCUCACAAAAUUGGGAUUCUUUUUUUUAGGCGAUGGGCUAGCAACCUGUCACUAUUCGAAUCUCAAUUCUAUCAUUAAGCCAAAUAGCUGAACGUGGCCAUUAAGUUUUUUUAAGACUGUUGUCUCUGUCUA